AGAGAGAGAGAGAGAGAGAGAGAGUUAACAGUGAAUAGGAGGAGGCAGAUCUACGCACCCAUCGCCUUCGAUCCACGAACUGGAACUCCCUUCUGCGGGAUCUCGUUUCCACGGCGCACUUCGCUCGUAUCGAUUCGUCAUCGCUUCGCGCGUCGUCCGAGCUUCGGGUGCUCACCGGAGUUAACUUCCCACAGCUCCGUUCGGCUCGGUAGCGCCGUCGUCGCCGUCGUGCCGUGCCGGAUUCGGUAGAAUCUUGUCUUCUUGAUCUCGGGAUCGGUUGAUUCCGCGUGCGGUUUCACGGCGAGCGAAUUCGACGGACACCCAGUUGGCUGAUCGAGCGAGCGCCCCCGUUUUCUUGGAGGUUUCGAGGAGGCCGGAUCUCUGGGGCCAUCUGCCGAGCUCGGGAUUCCAAGAACUCGCUCUUUUUAGCGUUGCAGAGGAUCGUGCUGUGGUUUUCUGGGCCUGGGCAUUAAGGUUGAUCUACGACCUGAUGUGAGGAUUGAGAGCUUUUCAUGGGAUAUGGUUGGUGUGCGGGAAGAGAUUGAGUCGCGUGUCUGCGAGGGUCGGUUUUAGUUGGAGGGUUUUUUUCGCGUGGAAACAUGUUUUGGAGGGGACGUGAGAAGGAGGUCAAAGAGCAUAAUGGUGGGCUGCCUUGUGGGCAGGUCCGGGUGCUUGUUGUUGGCGAUUCGGGUGUGGGAAAAACCUCUCUCGUCCAUUUGAUCGUCAAAGGAUUUUCCAUUGCCCGCCCUGCCCAAACGAUUGGUUGCACAGUUAGUUUGAAGCUUAUUUCUUAUGGAAACUCUGGUAGCUCUUCGGCUAGCAGUAGUGGUGAUGCUGACAGAGAUUUUUUUGUUGAACUUUGGGACGUGUCAGGCCAUGAUCGUUACAAAGAUUGCAGAUCUCUUUUCUAUUCUCAGAUAAAUGGUGUUAUUUUUGUCCAUGAUCUCUCUCAAAGAAGGACGAAAUCAAGCUUGCAGAAAUGGGCAUCUGAAGUAGCUGCAACUGGAACAUUCUCUGCUCCUCUAGGAUCUGGAGGUCCUGGUGGCCUUCCUGUUCCAUACCUCGUUAUUGGUAACAAAGCAGAUGUAGCUGUGAAAGAGGGAAUAAGAGGAAGCAGUGGUAAUCUUGUGGAUGCUGCUCGCCAGUGGGUUGAGAAGCAAGGAUUACUGCCAUCUAGUGAGGAACUUCCACUGACAGAGACAUUUCCAGGCAGUGGUGGACUCCUCGCGGCUGCCAAAGAAUCAAGAUAUGACAAGGAAGCUUUAGUGAAAUUCUUUCAGACGUUAAUCAGGAGAAGGUAUGUCUCAGAAGAAUUGCCUUCGGCCAAUCCAUGGUCUGUCUCUCCAGUGCAGAGAACUUCCCAGCGUUUGGAUGAUGAUUUGAGUGAUGAUGAACAGUUUUACAAGAAUACGAGUGUGAACAGUGGUGCCUAUAACUAUAAUUCUCUCCCUCCUCUUCCAGCACAGCAUAAUCUUACACCACCUCCCACUUUAUAUCCUCAGCAGCCAGUUUCGGUAUCUGAGAACUAUACGUUUCCGAGAUUUUCAUACAGUAGUUCCUCUGAAUUCACCAGCACAGGUAGAUCAAAGCGUGCCGACAUCAACGUCUGAUAGUGUCCACCUCUUGCAUCUUGGGACAUGAACAGAUCAUGCCUCAGCUAUUGGAAAUGUAGCAUGAUUUCUUCAAUUUGUUUCCUUUGUUACUUCGCUUGUAACGGGGUUAAUAGAUUCUUUGUUUGUUGGGUUUUAUUGCCUUACGAGGUGUCCAGUACAGGUUUAGAGAGCAUGUAUGAUAUCUAGGUGAAUCUGAAAGUACGAAGUAUUUGUUGCAAUCAACUUCUCAUACUAUUUUUCAACCAAAUAUAAGAAUCAUUCUUUGCCAGGAAAA